UUGCAUUCUUUGUGAACAUUUUACCAUUUUCGUUUCGAAAAAACUCUGUUUGCUCUCCCUUCAACAAGUGCACCUAAAAACAGAAUUUAUUUAUAUUUCUUUGUAAUUUUAAGAAUAAAACAUAUGUACCCAAUCAAUCUAGUCAAUGGUGAAUUUGUGAAACAAAAGUUGCAUUAAUUUAAGAUUUUGGUGGUAUAUUAAUCGUUACAGAAAGUUUAAGUAUAAUUCUGCAGUUCGAGGUUAAAAAAUGGACACGGAAAAAAAAGUAAAAAUGGACACGGAAGAAAAAGAAAAAAUGAACACGGAAGAAAACGAAAGAAUGGACACCGGCACACAGACGGACAUAAAUUUUGAUUCAGAGCCUUGGAAAUUCAAGUGUAACAUUCGUCACUUAUUGUCUAUCCUAGGAAUCAUUCACAUUGGACAAAUAUUGAUGGCAAUUGUCGGUCUACUUUUUCUCGUAGAAAAUAUGAAACAUGACGACAAAUCGAUGCUGAAAAAGUUAUUGCGAAUCUGGAAUAUUAUUAUUAUUGUUGCUCGAGUUUUUCGCAUGAUUCCACAUUUAUUUAUCGAUAACGAAAAACCUCUCUGGAUGAAACACCGAAUGUUAUACUUUGAGUUUGUGUAUACUCUUGUGGAUGCGAUUUUCCAUUUGUUUCCAUUCAUCUUUAUGAUGAUUCAUAAUCCCCAGUAUGAACCUUAUCUUAUUUAUUUAAAGAUUUUCCUGAGCUGCAGCUUUACCAUAUUUGUUCUGCACAUUUUGUGGAACAUUUACAGACUGAGAAAGUUGCGUUUAAAACAUGGCCAAUAUAAGUUACGUAUUAAGCAACAAGAUAAUAUGUACAUGACGUACGGUAGACUUUACUAUGUUACCUUCUAAAAAUAUUUGUCUACCCUUAUAUUUUUGUAAUAUAGGGUACAAGAAUUUAAUUUAAAAAUCUGUAAUGUAUACUUUUGAUACUU